CCAGCGUUCCGACUGCCGUUAUUUCAGUUGGAGCGGUAGAGGACGUCAUGAUCUACGGGGUUCCUGAUCCACCCCGCACACAUAGACGAACAUCAGCACAGCAACACAUUCGUCAAAUUAAACUAGAGUUUGCACGCGCCUGCGUUUCCCCUCCGUACCAGUCGGGGGCGAUGAUGAGCUCUUUGGACCGCUACCAGGUAUGAGCGCCAAAUUCAAUUCUGACAGGCAAAGCAGUGAGUUGAAAGAAAACAAAUUAAACACAUAGAUUUGUCCUAAAAAGUAUUUGCUUCAAUGGUGUAAAAGAAACCGGAUAGGUUCUCUGUUCGCUACAAACUAGGAAGGUUUCGGUUGAAACGAAAUGGACAUCGCCUCUUAUUUGCAAUCUUUUGAAAGCAGACUGAGCUCUUACGUAGGAGACGAUCCUCUUGAUCCAUGGAUCAAGUUUGUUGACUUCCUGGAGCAAAGACUGCCUGCAGGCAACACCAGUGAGAUGUGUUUGGUGUUUGACAGUCUUGUCCAGAGAUUUCUGAACAAUGAGCGAUAUUCAAACGACAUCCGAUACGUCAACUAUUGCAUCAGAUGUGCGAGUUAUUAUUGGGACCCCGUUGCAUUCUACAGUGAGGUUUUUGGGAAAGGCGUCGGCACCAGGACCGCGGCGCUUUACGUAGCCUGGGCUCGGGAGUUUGAACAGAGGGGCAUGAAGGAACAGGCUGAUGCCGUCUACCGGAAAGCUCUGGAGAACCAAGCCCAACCAGCCAGCACGGUUCUCCAUGAAUACAGUCAGUUCAGUUCAAGAACCACAGUUCAGCCUCUGGGCGCUCAAAACCCCCUGCAGAAUCUAACCAAUCAGAUGUCCUCCAGCAAAGAGCCGCUAGAGCCAAGCAAGAUGACAUGGGAGUGUCCAUCCAAACCUCCUGCACCUAGAAUGACCAUAAUAGUGUCCCGCUCUGAGGCUUCUGGGAGCCUGUCCAGCCAGAGCUCCAGCGAUCAGACCGUGUCCGAGUACAUCAAAGACGAGCUGCUGUGUGACGGCUCAGAGCUGAGCUUCGAGGAGGUCAGAGCCAAGAAGUACUUCCAGCAGCUUCAACACAAGAAGAGGGAGGAAGAGAACAAACUCAUGGAGAGGCAGCUGCAGGAGCAGGAGGAAAGGAUCCGGAGGAUGAAACUGUCCUUAGAGGAGGCUGAAGACAUGGAGGCCUGUGGAGGCCUCACAGAGGAGAUUUCACACCAAGACGGCUUCUAUUGGAGUUUGCCAAAACCAGGAUCCGGCUCCGCGGGUCCAGAAUGCGUCACCGAGACCCCCGUGGCUCUGCUGCAAACAAGCGCGACGCAGAACGGCCUUCCAUCCUCCCUCUGGGCUGCAGAUGCAGACGCUCCUGCUCAGCACAGCGCCACACGCUGUGACGGAGGUCACCCAGCAGAGUCAGAGGAGAAGCUUGACGUGUCGCAGGGUGGAGCGGCUAACCUCUCUCACGCCACUCCAAAUACUUCCCUGGGCUUUGUGCAGGCCACACCCUCCAGGGUGCUGCCGUCACCCACCGUCAACACCCGUGAGGCGCUGGGAGUCGUCAUGGACAUGUUUCAGGCCCCGACGUUCUUAGAAGAACCAGUCAGCGACUCGUCUCACCUAAACGCCUCUGAGAGGGACCUCGAAGACGGUGCAAGCGGAGGCGGGCCCUUGUGGUCUAGACUCCCAGAGGUCGCUCCCUUCACAAUCUUUCAGGAUCACGAGGAGGACAAAGAAAACGUCCAUCUGGCAGAAGCGUCUGCGGACAGAAAAGCAGUCAGAUGUUUGGCUGAAGUCGCUGCACCGAAGGCUGACAAACCAAACGAGACCUCGCAGUACCUCAUGCCCGACGAAAGCACCAUGUGGGGGGGUCGCUUCAACCCGCUCAACUCGCUGGCCGCCUGUCCCAACAACACCUCCGAAUUUGCCUUGUUAGCUCACUGUGUCUCCACGCCGUUUACACACAAACCUCUCAGCAGCUUCUCUGAGGACCAAGAGAACAUCUGCAGUGAGGACGACGCUUCAAUCAGGCGUCAAACCAAAAGACUGAGCCCCAUCAUAGAGCAGAGUCCGAAUGAGGACAAGGCUUCAGAAACGGCAGCCAGCCUGCUGGAACCCUCCUCUGUGAGGCAGGGCACCAUCGUCAGGGCCGGCCUCGCCUCCACCUCCAUCACCAUGCUGCAACCUCCUCCACCGGCUGUGCUCUCCUUCCGAGACCAGACGCCGGCUCCCGCCGACUCCUCCGUGCGGAGCGGACGAAGCUGGGAGGUGCACGCCAGUCCCGAGCCGCCUCUCCAACUCGCCUGCUUGGGCUCAGUCAAACCAAAAACCAGACCUUUUAAGAUCCUGGAGGACACAUCUUCCAGCUCAGGAGAUCUGAGCCAGGUUCCCAUGAGCCAGGAGUGCGCUCUCCAGCCCGGACGGUUCAGCGCCAGAGGCCCAGAAGCCCCGGCGGACCCGGAUUUAGACGCCCUUCUCAGCCCCCUUCGACCAGUCGCCCCCACCAAAGCCACAGACAUCCCCAUGAGUCCUGAGCAGCUGCCGCUCUGUGCCGAUGUGCCCAUGAGCCCGCAGCAGUCGCUGGUCAGCACGGGGGACCAGCCCAUGAUGAGUCCAGACCGAGAGCCGAGGCCGCACACUGCGGGGGGCGUGCAUGUGGUGCCCGACCCCUGGGACAACCAGCUGAUCGCUCACCUGCUGUCCCGCCUCAGCCCGCCUCUCACGUCCCACCAGCGCUGCUUUGCCUGGAGCUGCAACGUGCCAAACAUCUCUCCGAAAGUGACCAUCACCAUGGGAAAGACGUCCCUCCGAGUUGACUGUGUUCUGGGGGAGGGGGCUUUCGCCACCGUGUACCAGGCGACCAACCUCGCCACAUCCGAGAAGUUCAUCUUAAAGGUCCAGAAGCCGGCCAACCCCUGGGAGUUUUACAUCAACACUCAGCUGGACGCUCGGCUGCAGCCCAGCAUGCGACAUCUCUACAGCAACAUCAGCUCCGCUCACCUCUUCCUCAAUGGCAGCGUGCUGCAGGGGGAGUUUUACAGCUGCGGCACGCUUCUGAACGCGGUGAACAUCUACAAAAGCCUGGGGGAAAAGGGGAUGCCGCCGCCUCUGGUGCUGUACUUCGCCGCCUGCAUCCUGCACACGGUGGAGCAGCUGCACCGCCUCCGCCUCAUUCACGCCGACAUCAAGCCCGACAACUUCAUGCUGGGCGGACGGUUCCUGGAGAACAAGUGCUUCGAUCCAGAGAGCGGCGACCACGGCAUCGUCCUCAUCGACCUCGGACAGAGCAUCGACAUGGAGCUUUUCCCAGAAGGCACUGCGUUCACCGCCAGGUGUUUAACGUCAGGCUUUCAGUGCACGGAGAUGCAGAGCGGAAAACCGUGGAACUAUCAGACCGACUACUAUGGAAUAGCAGGGACCGUCCACUGCAUGCUGUUUGGAAAUUACAUGCAGGUCACCAAUGAAAACGGGGUUUGGAAAACCAACGGAGUUUUCAGGAGGAAGCCUCACAGCGACUUGUGGCUGGACGUCUUCCACACGCUGCUCAACGUGCCGGACUGCGAGUCGCCGCCGAGCCUGGCGCGCCUCCGCCGCCAGCUGACGGCGGUCCUGCAGGAGAACUACAGCAGCAAGCUGCAGGCGCUGAAGAACCACCUGGUGAUCCAGCUGCUGGAGAGACGCAGACCCUCCUGCAGAUGAUCCUCCUCCCACCUCAGCAUCUCCAUGACUCUUCCAGAACCACCUCCAUCCAUAUGUACAUGUGUGUAAAUAGCUUGAUUUUAGGACUCUGAGAGGUAAAACAUGAAGCUAAAUGUUUGAACCUUUUUGGACACGAGGGAUAAGAUGUUUGUCCAGCUCUGAUCUCUGCGUCCACAUCAUGCUUUUCUAAUCUUCAGAACUUACUGCUUACUUUUUCCAGACAACAGCUUGUUUCUGUGAGUUCUCCGGUUCUCUCAGGUUUGAGGUUUUCGUCUUUCUCUUGAUUUAAUCUUAACAGAAAUGUCCUCUGAUGGAGUCUUUGGAUCACAGAUUCAAAGCUGUUACAGUUUUUUAAGGAAGAAAAUAAAAAAACUUCACAGAAGCCUG